AUGGACAAACUCAGCUGGUCUAACUUCAUCUGGUAUUGUUUCAGAUAUCCAACUACUGGUACAGAUGGUGUUGUUGGUACAGGUACAACUACUAUUCCAUUCCCAGGAGCUUCAACCUCUCAUUCAUGGUUAGUCACUACCUCAACAUGGACAAACUCAGCUGGUCUAACUUCAUCUGGUAUUGUUUCAGAGUAUCCAACUACUGGUACAGAUGGUGUUGUUGGUACAGGCACAACUACUAUUCCAUUCCCAGGAGCUUCAACCUCUCAUUCAUGGUUAGUCACUACUUCAACAUGGACAAACUCAGCUGGUCUAACUUCUUCUG